CCGGCACUUGACCGUUAACAAUCAACGGAAACAUGAAAAACAUUAUGUUAUGGUAGGUCGCCAGAUAUUUUCCCCUCCUCCUCCUGUCUCCGCCUGCUUUGACCCUGUCUCGCCCACCACACCUGCUCCCUUUCUAACUUGAAGAAAGAAAGUACGGAGCGGAGCGGAGGAAGAAGAAGAAGAAGGAGAAGGAAUCUUGAAGAAGAUACGAAACCGAUUCAAUUCUGUUGUUGGUUAGAUUUCCCUCUGAAUAGAACAGAUCGGUGUGAUUUCUGCUUAAUUUAGAGGGGUGAGGAAGGAGGAGAGAAAGUUAGGGUUUUGGUAGAAGGAGGUUUGUCAAGAUGAUGAUAUCGAGGGGGUUGUUUGGGUUGUCACCGCCACAUAUACAACCGUUGACGCCGGUGUCCGAGGUGUCGGAGCCUCCGGAGUCGCCGUCGCCGUACCUUGAGGGCACUGCAGAGGCGGCGGCGGCGGCUGCUGCGCAGGCAGAGGCUGAGGAGGAGAUCGAAGAGGUUGAAGAGAUGGAACCUCCACCUGCUGCCGUGCCAUUUUCGCGGCUAUUUGCAUGUGCUGAUCGCCUCGACUGGACUCUCAUGAUCGUCGGAUCGCUUGCUGCGGCUGCUCAUGGCACGGCUCUAGUUGUUUACUUGCAUUACUUCGCGAAGAUUGUCCAUGUUAUGGCCAUCGGGGGUAGUCCACCCGAAGGUGGGAUUCCGGUACAGGUGGAGAGAUUCAAAGAGCUUGCUUUAUCCAUUGCUUACAUUGCUGUGGGUGUUUUUGUUGCUGGAUGGAUUGAGGUAUCGUGCUGGAUUCUGACUGGAGAGCGGCAGACUGCUGUUAUCAGGUCUAAAUAUGUUCAAGUAUUGCUGAACCAAGAUAUGAGUUUUUUUGAUACUUAUGGGAAUAAUGGAGACAUUGUGAGCCAAGUAUUGAGUGAUGUGCUGCUUAUUCAAUCUGCUCUUAGUGAAAAGGUUGGAAAUUACAUUCAUAAUAUGGCUACCUUUUUCGGUGGUCUUGUUAUUGGUUUUGUCAACUGUUGGCAAGUUGCCCUCAUAACACUGGCCACUGGUCCAUUCAUUGUUGCUGCGGGAGGUGUAUCCAACAUAUUUCUCCAUAGGCUUGCUGAGAACAUUCAAGAUGCAUACGCUGAAGCUGCUAGUAUUGCUGAACAGCAAGUCUCUUACGUUAGGACUUUGUAUGCAUUUACAAAUGAAACUUUGGCCAAAUAUUCUUAUGCAACCUCACUACAAGCAACUCUUAGAUAUGGCAUAUUGAUCAGUCUUGUUCAAGGUCUUGGACUUGGAUUUACAUAUGGGCUUGCAAUAUGUUCUUGUGCCCUACAACUUUGGGUUGGAAGGCUCCUAGUUACAAAUAACAAGGCUCAUGGGGGUGAAAUUAUAACGGCUCUAUUUGCUGUAAUUUUAAGUGGCCUAGGGCUGAAUCAAGCAGCAACAAAUUUCUAUUCCUUUGACCAAGGACGUAUUGCGGCUUAUAGACUUUUUGAGAUGAUAAGCCGGUCAUCUUCUGCUGCUAAUCAGGAGGGAAGCACCCUACCAUCUGUUCAAGGAAAUAUUGAGUUCCGAAAUGUGUAUUUUAGCUAUCUGUCUCGGCCAGAAAUCCCUAUUCUGAGUGGUUUUUACCUGACUGUUCCUGCCAAAAAGGCAGUGGCACUUGUUGGUAGAAAUGGUUCUGGGAAAAGUAGUAUUAUCCCUCUAAUGGAAAGGUUCUAUGAUCCUACAUUAGGAGAAGUCCUUCUAGAUGGAGAGAAUAUUAAAAACCUAAAACUGGGGUGGCUGAGAAGCCAAAUAGGACUGGUUACCCAGGAGCCGGCCCUACUAAGUUUAAGUAUAAAAGAUAAUAUUGCUUAUGGCCGAGAUGCUACUCUGGAUCAAAUUGAAGAAGCUGCGAAAAUAGCACAUGCACAUACAUUUAUCAGCUCACUUGAGAAGGGAUAUGAGACACAGGUUGGAAGGGCUGGCUUAGCAUUGACAGAGGAACAGAAAAUAAAACUUUCUAUUGCAAGGGCAGUGCUCUUGAAUCCUACAAUCCUUUUGCUUGAUGAGGUUACUGGUGGACUUGAUUUUGAAGCUGAAAGAACUGUUCAGGAAGCUCUAGAUUUGCUCAUGUUGGGACGCUCAACUAUAAUAAUAGCUCGACGACUUAGUCUUAUAAGAAAUGCUGAUUACAUAGCUGUGAUGGAGGAGGGUCAGCUUGUUGAAAUGGGCACACAUGAUGAGUUACUAAACCUUGAUGGCUUGUAUGCAGAGCUUCUCAAGUGUGAAGAAGCAACUAAACUUCCAAGGAGGAUGCCAGUGAGGAACUAUAGGGAGACUUCGACUUUCCAAAUUGAAAAGGAUUCUUCUUCAGUUAACAGCUUCCAAGAACCAUCGUCUCCUAAGUUUUCUAAAUCACCCUCUCUUCAGCGACUUACUGCUGUAUUUCGCCCCCAGGAUGGUAUCUAUAACUCUCAGGAAUCACCAAAAGUUCAUAGUCCACCACCAGAGAAAAUGCUAGAAAAUGGCUUGCCAGCAGAGGCUGGUGAAAAGGAACCAUCAAUUAGAAGGCAAGAUAGUUUUGAAAUGAGACUACCAGAAUUACCCAAGAUCGAUGUUCAAUCCACCCAACGGCAGAAAUCCAAUGGCUCAGACCCAGAAUCUCCUGUAUCUCCCCUCUUAACUUCUGAUCCUAAAAAUGAACGCUCUCAUUCUCAGACUUUUAGUCGGCCUCACAGUCACUCUGAUGAUGUACCAGUAAAAGUUAACAAAGCAAAAGAUACCCAUGGGGAGGCUCCAUCACUCGGGAGGUUGGCAGAGCUUAGUUUUGCAGAAUGGCUUUAUGCUGUACUGGGAAGCAUUGGUGCUGCUAUAUUUGGCUCUUUCAAUCCCCUUCUUGCUUAUGUUAUUGCUCUGAUUGUAACGGCAUACUAUGGGCCUGAUGAACAUCAUCAUUUACGUCAUGAGAUAGACAAAUGGUGCUUGAUCAUUGCCUGUAUGGGCAUAGUGACUGUGGUUGCCAAUUUUUUGCAACACUUCUACUUUGGUAUUAUGGGAGAGAAGAUGACUGAACGUGUACGCAGAAUGAUGUUCUCAGCAAUGCUGCGCAAUGAAGUUGGGUGGUUUGAUGAGGAAGAGAAUAGUGCGGACACAUUAUCCAUGCGAUUGGCAAAUGAUGCUACAUUUGUGCGAGCUUCUUUUAGUAACCGACUCUCAAUAUUUAUACAGGACAGUGCUGCUGUUAUUGUUGCUGUUCUUAUUGGGAUGUUGCUAGAGUGGCGAUUGGCACUUGUCGCGCUGGCAACCCUGCCUGUUCUCACUGUUUCUGCCAUUGCACAGAAAUUGUGGCUUGCUGGAUUUUCUAGAGGCAUUCAGGAGAUGCAUAGGAAAGCAUCAUUGGUCCUUGAGGAUGCAGUUAGAAAUAUUUAUACUGUUGUAGCAUUCUGUGCUGGUAACAAGGUAAUGGAGCUCUACAGGCUGCAGCUGAAGAAAAUAUUGAAUCAGAGUUUCUUUCAUGGAAUGGCAAUUGGUUUUGCUUUUGGCUUUUCACAGUUUCUUCUUUUUGCCUGUAAUGCUCUUUUACUUUGGUACACUGCAACCUCUGUUAAACAUGGCUACAUGGAUCCUCGUACAGCUCUCAAGGAGUAUAUGGUUUUCUCUUUCGCAACUUUUGCACUUGUGGAGCCAUUUGGGUUAGCUCCAUACAUUCUUAAACGAAGAAAAUCUCUCACUUCAGUUUUUGAAAUCAUAGAUCGGGUGCCUAAGAUUGACCCAGAUGAUAACUCAGCAUUGAAGCCACCUAAUGUCUAUGGAAGCAUUGAGUUGAAAAAUGUAGAUUUCUGCUAUCCCACACGUCCAGAAGUGUUGGUAUUAAGCAAUUUCAGUCUUAAAGUAAAUGGGGGACAAACUGUAGCAGUGGUUGGAGUUUCAGGAUCGGGGAAAAGCACUAUAAUAUCUUUGAUUGAGAGAUUCUAUGAUCCAGUUGCUGGUCAGGUUCUGCUAGAUGGGCGAGACCUAAAACUCUAUAAUUUGAGGUGGUUAAGGAACCACUUAGGUCUUGUUCAGCAGGAGCCUAUUAUUUUUUCAACAACUAUCAGGGAAAAUAUUAUAUAUGCAAGGCACAAUGCUAGUGAAGCUGAAAUGAAAGAGGCUGCAAGAAUAGCCAAUGCUCACCAUUUCAUCAGCAGCUUGCCUCAUGGUUAUGACACACAUGUGGGGAUGAGGGGUGUGGACUUAACCCCAGGACAGAAACAGAGAAUUGCCAUUGCUCGAGUUGUUCUGAAGAAUGCUCCUAUCUUGUUAUUGGAUGAAGCUAGCUCAUCCAUUGAGUCUGAGUCAAGCCGAGUGGUGCAGGAGGCUCUUGAUACACUGAUAAUGGGGAACAAAACAACCAUUUUGAUAGCCCAUAGGGCUGCAAUGAUGAGACAUGUUGACAACAUUGUAGUACUUAAUGGUGGAAGAAUUGUUGAAGAAGGGACUCAUGAUGCUUUGGUGGCGAAGAAUGGGUUGUACCUCCGUUUGAUGCAACCACAUUUCGGGAAAGGUUUACGUCAACAUCGGCCGGUUUAGAUUUGGUUUGUGAAUUAUAUCAUAACCUGGGUUCUGUAUAGUCUCAUUCUGCUCAUCUUGAAUCUCUGGGGAAAAGUACUGAGGUCCGGCGGCUUUCAUUGGAUAUCCAUCCUAAUUUCCGGACUUGAAAGGUACAAAUGAGAAUGAUGCGGCUUUGUAGGCUUGAAAUGAUGUGCAUACGGGUGGAUGGAUCAAACGGCAAAUGAGAAUGGUGAGGUUUGUAACAAUAUCUGCACUUUUUGGGUGGGUACUUAUAGCAGCGGCUGUAGUUACAUUGUUUAAAAAAGUAGGCCUUAGAAGUACAGAUUUUGGGAGUUUGGUUGUUAGUCAACAGGUGUUAGAUGCAUAUUCUUUUUGGGGGCAAAGCAUCCUUAGCUCAGGUUUGUGGUAUGUCUCCACGGUAUAUUGAUUUGUUUAUUAAUUAGAAAACAGGUUAACUAUAAUUUUAAUCCUACCAAGCUGUGUUUUUGGGAUUUUUAUUGAAAAGAAUUUUCAACCCCUUGGUUUCGGGCUGUAGUUUUGGCCACCCUAUAAUUUGAUAAGAUUAUCAAUAAUUGAUAAAUUUUUAA